AAAGGGAAAACUCCCACCCUAUAUAAACAUCCAAUUUCGUAAUUUCAGACAAAACCGAGGGCUGCAGAAUAUAAAAAACACCAAAUCACAAAAACCAGGGCCUUUUUAUAGGAAACUAAAAGCGUCGAAACGACACUUCUUAAACCUCCGGAGUUUCUUUCUUUUGGUAAUUGGCAAAGAACUAAAUAUAUAUAUACACACACACAGAUAUAUUGUAUGGGUGUGUAUAUAUAUAUGUACCCUUUUUCUUGAUUGUUCUGCUUAUCAUCGGAUCUGCCUCGCCAAAAAUUCACAGACCUCCAUAUCAAAAAGCCUCAGAAUUUGUAAUUUUUGCUUCAUUUUUUCGUUUUUUUAAUUGUUUUGUUUUUCUGAUUGGACUCACAGAAUCUGUGGUGGUAUUCAUUUCUGGGAUUGUUGGGUUGCUGUGGUUUUUGAGUAAUGAGUUGGACAAGGAAACAAGGUGGCACUCAUCCUCCACACAAUCCAUGGACUAAACUGCAGAACAGAAGGCCACAGCACCACCAAGAUAGUUGGCAAUUAGGUGUGCCUUACUGGGAAAAGCAAUUCUGUUUGAUUGUUGGCUCAGUUCCAUGGCGGAAGGUCGUAGAAACAAACAAGUAUAUGUAUCUCUAUGAAAGCAUCGUUCAAUGGAAUGAUUCUGCAAAUUUGGAGACAUUCAACAAUGAGAAAUACCGCUUUUGGGCAGCAAUUAACGGCGUGCCUUGUAACAUAUCAUUGCCAGAUCCUGACAUUUAUAUUGAUGACAUAGAUUGGAAUUCAAGCAUUGAUCCUGAACUUAUUUUGGACUUGGAAAGGGAGCCUGAACCCACCGAUGAUGAGAACCAAGAUAAUGGUGUCACUCUUGUUAAUCCUCUCCUUUUAGAUCAGUCAUUUGCGUGCACUGGAUGGGGCGAUGCUGAAGAGGACUUCAAAACUAAAGAGCAUCCUGCAAACUGGGGCUGUGGAUGGGACGAUGCUGAGGAGGACUUCAAAAAUAAAGAAAAUCCUGCAAACUGGGGUUGUGGAUGGGGUGAUGCUGAGGAAGACUUCAAAACGAAAGAAAAUCCUGCAAACUGGGAUUGUGGAUGGAAUGCGGAUAAUAAAGAAAAUCCGUGGGGGCCUGAUUCUGCCCAGACUCAGAGCAAAGCAGCUGGGGGAGGAUGGGACGACAGUUGGAACGGAAGAGCUGGUGGAGCUUCAUGGGGAAAUUCAGAUGGAAAUGGCAGGAAGAAAGAUGGUGGCAGUUGGUACAACUCAAAGCAUAAGACCUCUGGAUAUCAAGGUGACUACCACCAUAAACGCGGAGGGUGGAGGAACAAAGGGUGGGGCAACGGUGGGAGAAGGAACACCAGAGUUCAUGUUGGUUGCGAGAACCUGGCGUGAGGGGGUAAAACUCAGAAGUGUAAACCAAAUCUCGAGACUCGAAUGGGUGGGGAAACCAGUUUUGCGUGUGUCUCGGGUAAGUGAUGUGUAUUGUAGUUUAUGUUUUCCAUCGUCUUUGGCUGUUUAGGGCAGAGUAUAUAACAGUGGGGUAGUAUAAAUGUGAAGUGAAAUCGGCGAGGUCGUACCAAUUUUAUUAAUUCAGUUCGUAUGUGUAGCAUUUGUGCAAUGUAUAUAUGGAAUAAAAAGGUCACCUGAGAUAUUGUGGCAGGCCAGCCCAGCCCCUGAAAACUGGUUGGGAGAGUGCCUGUAUAUCUGAGGCGAUAUAUGUUUGUUGAUUGUCGCAGCAAGUGUAAAAUGAAAUCAGAAUAUCGAAGUGCAGAGGCAGUCUGUUUUUGGCUUA